UUCAUCCUUUCCCAUCAAGUAUUUUUUUUGUAAAAAAAGUGCAAUAGAUUUGGCCCACCAACAUAUAGAAUCUGAGUCCAGGAGGAUUUGUCAACGUUGGAGUUGACCAUGACUACAUUUCCCAAUAUCGGAUAAAAGCCUCUGAUUUCAUGAAUCUAUUUCUUCCCCUUUUCCUCUCCCUCUCUACAAUUUCUGCGCCGCGGGACCCUCUCUCUCUCCUCUCCACGGCGUCGCCGCUUGGAAUUGCGGUGUUCUCUCUCUACAUUUCCAUCUCCUGCUCAGUCCUCUGGUCAAUGCAGGUGAAUUCUGUUAUCGUUCUGCGUCGUCAUCUCAUCUUUAAGCUCCAGGGUUCAAACAUCAAGCUGUUCUUGUAGCUCCACUGUCAAUAGCUUCUUUCGUUUUCAGGCAAUAUACUCUACAUAUGUCGUGGUUUAUUUAACGUUGACUUAUGGCGGGAAACAAUAGAUUUGAUUUAAGCGCGGCUAGGCCGGAGAAACUGCCUUUCAAGGGCACCUUUUCAAAUGGGCAGAAAAGGAAUUUGACGAAUGGCGCUUUGGACAGGUCUGCAAGCUUCCGUGAGGGUAAUGAGGGGCAGACACGUGUGCCUGGUGCUAUUCCGUUGCGGGGAAAUUCUCCAUCUUCUGGAGAUUCGGCUUCAGAAGCUAACUCUCUAGUGUUAGAUCCAAUAACCAUGGGAGAUCAAAAGUAUACUGGGUCAGGUGAGUUAAGACGGGUCCUAAGGAUCUCUUUUGGAAACACCCUUGAAGAUUAUGCUUUUGGAACUGCUAAUCUGAAGUCUCCCCUUCCAGUGGCUCCGGAGGAACUGAAACGAUUCAAAGCAAGCUUACAGGAGGCUGCUGCCAGGGCUAGAUGUAGAUCGAAAAGGUUGGAUGAAUCUUUACACAAGUUGAACAAGUGUUGGGAGACUAUAAACUCAAAGAAGCAACUUCAGAACGAGUUGUUGCCGAAUGAAAAGCUGGGUGGGUCACACUCUACCAAAUUGGGAAGUCAGACUCAUUGGGGCCCUUCAGAGCUCGUGAAUCAGAGACUAGAGGACCGGCCUAAGAAUGUCAUUCUGAAUAAGUGCACCCAGACAUCAGCUUCUGAGCUACGGAACGGAGGUCAGAGUAAUAGAAAGGAUAGAGACAACAUCAACGAUAGUGGCAAAGGUUGUGAUAUUGUCGAAGAGAAAGUUCGAAGGUUACCUGCAGGUGGAGAAACAUGGGAUAGGAAAAUGAAAAGGAAACGUUCCAUGGGCAAUGUUUUUGCCAGAUCGAUUGAUGCUGAAGGAGAGCUGAAAAGAGUUAUGCGUCUAAAACUAGCUAAUGAGUCCGUUCUGCAUCCUUCUGAUGCCCAAGGUUUGAGGCUUAACAGUUGUGACAACAAUCAUACUGGUGGUAUUUAUACAUUGACAAAAAACAAACCCUCAAGGGCGCCUCAAACUGGCCAUUUUAUAGCUGGAAAUUCAUCUGUAUCUCGUUCUUCUGAAACACCUGAAGCCUGGGAACAACCUUCAAGCGUGAACAAUACUCAUGCGGUACGUGGGACUACUAAUCCUAAGCGACCUUUGCCUGUGGAAUCAUCUUUAUCACCUAUGGCCCAAUGGGUUGGGCAGAGACCCAACAAAAUUUCUCGCACUCGAAGAGCCAAUGUGGUCUCUCCUGCCUUAAACUGUGAUGAGAUGCAUAUGUCAUUUGAAAGCUGUCCCCCUUCUGAUGUUGGUACUAGCAUGGCUUCUAACACAACUAGUGGAUCACUUAUUUCCAAGGGGGCUAUCAACAACAUUCAAGUAGGUAGAGUGAAGCAUGAGAAUGUUUCACCCCCGAGUAGAUUAUCUGAAAGUGAAGAGUCCGGUGCUGGACAAAAUGGUGAAAGUACAUUAAAGGAGAAAGGGUUGGAAAGUAGUGAAGUUGAUGCAAAAGCCAUAAAUUAUUCUCAUAAUAUAAGUUCGUCCUUGUUAGUGAUGAAAAAGAAAAAAAAGCCCAGCAACGAAGAGAUAGGAGAUGGUCUGCGUAAACAUGGAAGGGGUAGGGGCUCUUCAGUUUUGAAGGCUGGCAUCUCAUCCAUGAUAGAGAAGUUAGAGAUUUCAACCUUGACAAAACCAAUUAGAAAUAUGAAUCCUGCUUCUGAAGAGAAUGGAAGUAAAUCAAGGCGUCCUCCUUUGAAGAGAUCACGGGGUAGGAAAGCUAUUGCUCUAACUAGCAGAUCCCCAGACAUUGCAGGAGAGUCAGAUAAUGACCGUGAAGAACUGUUAGAUGCUGCUAACUUUGCUAGCAAUGCCAGCUAUAUUGGCUGCUCAAGUUCAUUUUGGAAGAAACUGGAACCUAAUUUUGCUCCUGUCAACUUGGAGGACAUAGACUACUUGAAGCAGCUGGUUAAAAAAGCAGAGGUUGAUCAAAGGUGUUUGUCUCAAAUGCUUUGCCUUGGACGUGAUGCAAAGGAUGGAGUUCUGCAUACGGACAACCUUCUGUCACAAAGUCCUCUUGUGAUAGAAACAGGAAGAAGCAUUUUAAAUCAAACUGGUUCAGAAGGGAUAUCCUCAAUGGUUGACAUGGUUGAUCAACAUCAGGAUCGUAGAUUUUUAUGCCGACAAAUGGAUUUAGAAGGAAACAAAGUUGCACCACUGUACCAAAGAGUAUUGACAGCUCUGAUAAUUGAUGAUCAAACUGAUGAAGAAACUGUUGGGGAUGGAAAUAUGUCUUUUAUGUGUGAAAGAGAUGAUUCUCCUCCGGUGGCUUGCUUCUCUCAGGAUGUUGAGAACCAAUCUGGCCACAGGUCUGAAUAUGCAUUCAACUCUGACAAGGUUUCUUGUAGUGGUAAUGCUACCUUUACUAGUGGCACAAACAUCCAUGAUCAAGAACUUGAUGACUUUUUGCAAGUGGAUCAAGGACCAUUGUAUCCAGAAACUGAAAGGUUGGCCAUGUUAUCUGCAAAUGGUAGUGGUGGAUUAAUGGGUAUGCCUAAAACUUUGUGUUCAUCAUCUCUCAAUUGCCAUUUUGAGCAAAUGAGUAUGGAGGAUAAACUCUUACUGGAGCUACAGAGUGUCGGCAUAUACCCAGAACCAGUGCCUGAUCUUGCUGAUGGAGAUUGCGAAUCUAUUGAUCAAGAUAUUAUUCAAUUACAGAAGGGACUCUUCCAACAGGUCACUAAAAAGAGAGAAUAUUUAAUGAAACUUAUUCAGGCAGUAGAAGAAAGCAGGGAAAUAGAACAACGAGCCCUUGAGCAAGUGGCUAUGGACAAACUAGUUGAGUUGGCUUACAAGAAGAAGCUGGCCACUCGUGGAAGCGCGGCUGCAAGAUUUGGACUUUCUAAGGUCUCAAGGCCAGUUGCUUUGGCUUUCAUGAAGAGAACUCUUGCUAGAUGCCGGAAAUUUGAGGAAACAGGGAAAAGUUGCUUUUUGGAGCCUGCCCUUAAAGAUGUCCUAUUUGCUGCUCCUGCUCGUGACAACGGUGCUGGCUCAGUUGCUGCUGUUAAUUCACCACUCACACAAAAUUCUCGGCAGUCUGCCGGAUCAGGUUUGUUUCCUUGUAGGGAGCAGGAUGUGUUGGGAAAUCUGGGCCAUCCCUCCCAGCAGGAUUUUGCCAGGACUGGACCAAUAGUAAACAGAGGAAAGAAAAGGGAAGUGCUGCUUGAUGAUGUGGGUGCUAGUGCUUCUUUGAGAUCUGAAUCAACUCUUGGUAAUUCUUUCAUGGGUGGAGCAAAGAGAAAAAGGAAUGAAAGAGGGAGGGGCAAAGACACUUGUGGAAGAAGCUCUGUUACAAAAGGCCAGCGUAGAACAAAAGCAAAGGCCAAACCAAAAACAGCUCAGCUAUCUACUUCUGGAAAUGGAUCUCUUAGCAAGUUGAUGGAAAAUACCGACUCUGAGCAUCAAUUGGCUUCUGGCUCUAGUGCAUUGAUUUCCAGUGGUGGCAACAGAAACAGUAAAGAUGGGUCUUUGUCUCAUGAUACUAAAGAUUUGUCCAUUGAAACCAAGGAACCCGUGGACCUUACAAACUUGCAUGAAUUAGACCCAAUAGAACUUGGUGUAGCUAAUGAACUUAAUGGGCCCCAAGACCUGGAAUCUUGGUUGAACUUUGAUGAGGAUGGUUUACAAGAUACUGAUGCGGUUGGCCUCGACAUACCAAUGGAUGAUCUUUCCGAGUUGAAUAUGGUUCUAUGAAGUUGAAAUCUGGUGGAAAGAUGCUUAUACAAUUCAUGCCCCUGAUGAUUGGCACUUGUGAUUAUGUCCAUUCUUUCUGACUCUGUAUAUGUUAUCUGCAAUACCAAAAGAUAGAAGCCCAAAGAAAGGGUUAAAGGAAUAGAAAAAGAAAAAUGUAGUCCUUAAUUGUUCAUAUGAUCUAGUGCUCCUUAGGUUGUAAUUACAUCUUAACAAAAUUUUGAUACUCCAGUUUUAUUUUUUGUA